AUGACCGCAGAACCAGUAGCAUGUCAUGCUAACCCUAGCGGUUUUAUGUCAGAACAGGUGUAUCCUCUGAAAAAGGAUGGCUCUACAGAGAAGUCCAAGGAAUGGACAGCGAAUGUCACGGAGAAGGAUAACUAUGUGGAGUUUGAACACAACGAUCCUCGGAAUCCCGUCAACUUCUCCUACACCAAAAAAUGGGCGAUCACGCUCGUCGGUGUCGCCUUUACUGGGCUCAGCGCUGCGACGUCGUCCGCGUACUCGUAUGGGUACGACACGAUGAUCGCCGAGCUCGGCUGCACGCGCAUGGAGGCCACACUCGGUCUCAGCAUGUUCACGAUUGGCUUCGCCAUCGUCCCACUUGUCUCGUCUCCUUUUAGCGAGGAGUUCGGGAGGAGACCUGUGUAUCUGGUCUCGGCGUUCAUUUUCUUGAUGUCUCAGAUCAUGAUUGCAUUAGCGCCAAACGUUGCGGUAGUUAUUGUCGGUCGGUUCUUGAACGGAUUUGCCGGUUCGACGGCUGCGACACUUGUUGGUGGAACCAUCGCCGACAUCUGGGAGCCAGCACAGCGUGGGCUCCCGAUGUCGAUAUACAGCCUACUCGCUAUGUUCGGCACCUCUGUCGGACCCGUUGUCGGCGGAUGGAUAGACAUGAACCCGAAUAUGCACUGGCGAUGGAUAUUCUGGAUGGGUGCGAUAUUCUCUGGGACAUACUUGAUUGUAGCCCUUUUCUUCACGCAGGAGACGCGCUCGAGCAUCAUAUUAGCAAACGUGGCAAAACAGAGGCGCAAAGAAACAGGCGACGAGACUUUGCGGUCACGGUCCGAGGUUGACAGCCAAUCAUUCUGGAUGAUGCUCAAAGCCUCGUCCACGCGCCCGCUAUACAUGCUCUUUACUGAGCCUGUGGUGUUCGCUUUUAGCCUUUGGAUAGGGUUUGCAUGGGGUCUCGUCUACGCACUGAUAGAUUCGAUUGGCUCCGUCUUUAAGAGUGUAUACGCCUUCAAUACCGGCGAGACUGGCUCAAUAUUCACAUCCCUUUGCAUUGGCUGUCUACUCGGCUGCGCCCUGAACUACUAUCAAGAGACGCUCUAUACGCGUAACUUUGCAACUCGUGGGCCAGAGGCACGCCUUUAUGUUGCGAUGCUCGCCGCAGUGCUCUUCCCCGCGGGAAUGUUUAUCUACGCAUGGACGGCUUUCCCAUACGUGCCGUGGAUCGCUCCAGCAAUUGGUCUGACGGUGUUCAUGACAUCGUGCUAUGUGAUAUACCAAACUGUAUUCGUGUAUCUGGCGGAUUGCUAUGGGAAAUGGGCAUCGUCUGCUUUGGCUGGCCAGAGUCUCCUCCGCAACUUGCUUGGCGCAGCAUUCCCUCUCUUCACGGAGCAGAUGUACGACCGCCUGACGUAUGAAUGGUCCAAUACUCUCUUUGCAUUUAUCGCAGUCGCGAUGAUACCAAUACCCUACGCCCUGUUCUUCUAUGGAGACAAGAUCCGCGCGCGGAGCAAGAUAUCCCAAGAGAUUACUGCUAAAGAUACCGACUAA